AUGUCCCAAGAGUUUGAUGAGGAAGAGAUCCGCACGAGAGAUCCGGUGGAUGACCAAAAUUCGUCUGAAGAAGGUGACGACGUGAUGGAAGACUCCUCGGAAGAAGAAGACGACGAUAAUGAUGAAGAGGCUAUCCGUAAAGUGAGGGAAGGAUUCAUUGUUGAUGAUGACGAGGAGGAUUCUGUUGAAGGAGUCAAGAAAAGAAGAAGAAAACACAAAAGAAGAAGAGAAAAGGAAACACAGGAAGAAACAGUGGACGAUGCGUUGGACGAAGAUGAUUUGGAGCUUUUAAGAGAGAACUCCGGUGCAGCGCCUCGUCCAUCAAGCAGCAAGUUCAAGAGACUCAAAAGAGCCCUGCCCGACGAUGAUGAAUCGCUGGAAACUGAAACAAUACAAAAACCAAAAAGUGGUCUCACGGAUUUUUUUUCGGACAACGAAGAUGCAGCGGAGGACGACCGUGCUCCUGGCGAUGAAGAAAGAAACAUUCUCGAUGAGUUUGAAGACUUCAUUGAAGAAGACGAGUUUUCUGAUGAAGAAGAGGCUCGUGCUCAUAAAGCUCAACAACAACGCGAACGGGCAAAAAGAACUGGUCCCAAGUUGGACACCUCCAAAUUGUCAAGUGUCGACAGAGAAAGUUUGCAGCAGUUAUUUGAAGUUUUUGGAAAUGGCGCUGAAUACGAGUGGGCUUUAGAAGCACAGGAAAUCGAAGAUGAAGGCAAUAACGAACAAGAGCCAACUGCAUUGGAUGAGGUGUUUGAGCACGCGGAAUUGAAAGAUCGGAUGCUUACAGAGGAAGACAACAUGAUUCGUAUCAUUGACAUUCCGGAAAGAUUUCAGAAAUACCGAGCGAACUUGAAUUACAUGGACUUGGAGGGUGCAGAAUUGGAAAAAGAAAAGCUCUGGAUUGGCAAGAUUCUUUUUACCGAAAAGCAAAGUACGUUCCAAGGGCCAUUGGAAGCUCCAUUCUUUGAGGCGGUAGGCAAGGUUGUCGAAUUCAUUUCCAAGGAUAACUGGGAAGUUCCCUUCAUUUGGGCACAUCGUCGUGAUUUCUUAAUUCAUACUGAGGAAAUUGUGAGCCCAGAGGGUACGGUCAAGACAAAUGUACACAAGUUGUUGUUUGAGGACGAUUUGUGGAGAAUCGUGCAUCUUGAUAUUGAGUACCAUUCUCUUUAUGAGAAAAGGGUGAACACUGAGAAGAUCAUCAAAGCCUUACUGGUCGAUGAUGAAUCCUUGAAUGACAUUGAACUGUUGGAGACUAUGGUCGCUAUUCAAGAUUUACAGGAUUACAUUCAUUUCACCUACUCAGCGGAGCUCAAGAAGAUCGAAGAUUCUAAGGACCAGGAGGACGCUCAGGAAGAAUAUGAAGAUAAGAAAGGCACCAAAAAACAUUCAAAGUAUGCUAUUUUCGAAAGAAUCCGUGAGAAUGUGCUUUAUGAUGCUGUCAAGGGAUUUGGAAUCUCUGCUAAGGAAUUCGGUGAAAACGUGCAAGAUCAAUCCACUAAAAACUACGAAGUGCCUUACAGAAUUCAUGCCACUGAUGACCCAUAUGAAUCACCUGAAGAUAUGAUUGGUAGAUUAGUUGAGGAUGACGAGGUGUUGUUCAAAGACCCCAAAAAUGCUUUGAGUGCUGUCAGGAAAACCUUCGCUGAAGAAAUUUUCCACAAUCCUAAAAUCAGACAUGAAGUGAGACAAGUUUUCAAGAAUUUUGCGUCUGUCAGCGUGGCCUUGACGGAAAAGGGACGUAAUACCAUUGAUAACCACAGUGUCUAUGCGGACAUUAAAUAUGCAAAAGACAGAACACCUGCUGAUUUGGUGAGCAAACCAGAUGUCUUGUUGCGCAUGCUUGAGGCUGAAGCGAAUGGAUUGAUCGUUGUGAAAGUCAGAACUAGUGAUUACGAGAGCUGGUAUCAAUCCAUUUUCAACUGUUUGAAGUCAGACGGUACAUCCGAAAUUUCUGAGUUGUGGAACUCUGAGAGAGACUUAGCAUUGUCUAUGGCUUUCAAAAGAUUGACGUCAAUGGUGUCUCUUAACACGAAGGAAGACUUGCGUCGUGAGUGUGAGAGAUUGAUUGGCGUCGAGCUAAGAACAAGAUUCUUGGCGAAAGUGGACCAAGCCCCAUUCACUCCCUUUGGUUAUGAUAAAGGAACAAAGCCAAAUGUCUUAGCCUUGUCGUUCGGUAAAGGAGAUUUUGACAGCGCCGUUGUGGGUGCUUUUGUGAGGGAUUCAGGCAAAAUUGAUGAGUUCUUCAAGUCGGACAACAACCCUUCGAGAGACAGAGAAAGUGAAGAAAAGUUUUCUGGUCAAUUAAGAGAAUUCUUCGACCGCACUCUUCGAAACCGCAAACCGGACGUCAUUGUUGUGUCGGGGUAUAGUGCUGCGACAAAAAGACUUUUUGACAUUGUCAAAAAUUUUGUCAUGAAGGAGAACUUGUUGGCUAAUGUUGACGACUUGCCCAAUAUUUCUGAUCCUCCAUUACUUCCAGUAAUUUGGGGCCAGGACGAGACUGCUCGGUUGUAUCAAAAUUCUGAAAGAGCGCUCAUUGAGCUUUCAGAUAAGCCAACCUUAGUCAAGUACUGUGUUGGCUUGGCUCGUUACGUACAGAGUCCAUUAAUGGAGUAUGUGUCAUUAAAGGAUGAUAUUUUAUCUUUGUCUUUCUACGAGCACCAAAAGCUUCUUUCUCAUGAUAUGAUCAAGGACAUAUUUGAAACAGUCUUUGUUGAUAUUGUCAAUAUGGUUGGUGUUGAGAUAAAUGAGGCUCUUCGUGAUCCCCAAGUUGCUCAACUUUUAUCUUAUGUGGCUGGUCUUGGUCCAAGGAAAGCUUCUGGAUUGAUUAGGAACAUCAGCGCGAAAUUGGGUACCUUAUCAACUAGAAGCGACUUGAUUGAGAAUGAACUUUCUACAGCAAACAUCUUUUUUAACUGCUCUUCAUUCUUGAACUUUCCAUAUGACGAAGGGUUAUCUGUUAGAGACUCCUCUAUCGAAUUAUUGGACGCAACAAGAAUUCACCCAGAAGACUACAGUUUGGCCAGAAAAAUGGCUGCCGAUGCCCUUGACUUGGAUGAGGAAGACAUGGCUCAUAUUGAAGAACAAGGUGGUAUAAUCUAUCAGUUGAUGCAAGAGGGUGUUAGUAAAGUGGAUGAUUUGAACUUGACUGCUUUUGGUAAAGAGUUGGAAUCCAACUUUGGCAAGAAAAAGUAUGCCACUCUUCAAAGUAUCAAGGAAGAGCUUGUCAACAACUAUGAGGAGCUUAGGCGAUCUUUCCAUUUAUUGGACAGUUCAGAAGUGUUCAAAAUGUUGACGGGUGAAACAACUGAAAGCUUCUCAAGAGGUAGUAUUGUUCCUGUCACAAUCAAUAGAGUUGGUAAGAACUACCGGGAUGAAAAUGCUAAGAUCAAAUUUUUGAGGGUAUCGACAUCUUCUCAAAUUAAUGGUACAGUGGAGGAAGGUUACAUUUUGCGUGACGCAGACUACGUUCAAGGGCAAGUCAUUCAAGUUGUUGUUUUGGAUGUUAACUACGAAAGUUUUGUUGCGUCUUUCAGCACCUUACCUGAAGACAUUGAGAAGGCCGGAGUACCCACGUUCUUUAAGGACCCGUUGAAAUGGGAUUUUGCUUUGGAAGAAGAAGACAAGCAAAAAGAAAGAGCGAAGGAAAACACUAAGCUCGCAAGAACAAGAAAUAUCCAGCAUCCUUUGUUUCACAAUUUCAACCACAAGCAAGCUGAGGAGUUUUUGGCACCUCAAGCUGUGGGUGAUUGUGUUAUAAGACCUUCUUCUAGAGGCCAGAAUUACUUGACUGUAACCUGGAAAGUAGCUAACAACUUGUUCCAACACCUUAGUGUCGAGGAGGUUACGAAUAGCAACGGCAAGGAGUACAUUGUUGAUCGCAAGAGAUACUCGGACUUGGAUCAAAUGAUUUUCCAGCAUGUUCAAGCUAUUGCGAAGCAUGUGAAUGAAAUGUGCCGUCAUCCAAAAUUCCGUGAGGGUACACUUGGUGAGGUGAAUGAAUGGUUGGAAUCUUACACAAGGGCGAACCCCAAGAACAGUGCCUAUGUUUUCUGUUAUGAUCACAAGGCCCCAGGUUGGUUCUUGUUACUAUUCAAAGUGAAUGUCAACACUCCAAUCACAACGUGGCAUGUUAAAACAGAAUGUAACGGUUUUGUUUUAAAGGGUUUUUCGUAUCCUAACAUGAUGCGUUUGUGUAACGGCUUCAAGCAAACCUUCAAGAGUCUUAUGAAUGAUAAUUCCAGAUCUGCAAGACAGGGUCAACCAUCUUCAUACAAUGGUGGUUAUGGAUACUAG